GUACCUUGUUAAUUUUGUCCUUCACCCUGGCAACAAGUACCUUGGUGCUCCGUGGUACUUUGGUGUUGGUGAGGAGGAUUCUUAACAACGGCACCCUGGCAGUAAGAAAGAUCGGAGAGUUCAGAGAUCUGCUGAUGAGGGGCGUUGUCUACUCCUGAGGGAUUUCCAUGGACGAUCUUCUCAGCUUGGAAAGCCCAACUGUUGAUGAGCUCCAGAUCCUCCUGACACCAUCUGCAGUCAGUUCACAACGACACAGGGUACUGUUUAAUGAGCGAUCACAAUUACAGCAGUUAUGCCACUGAAGACAACAAGUCCCCCAAAAUAUACACUAAAACUGGAGAUAAAGGUUUCUCCAGCACAUUCACAGGGGAAAGGAGACCAAAGGAAGAUCACAUUUUCGAAGCUUUGGGAAACACAGAUGAGUUGUCUUCAGCUAUAGGAUUGGCCCGAGAAUUUUGCCUUGACAAAGGUCACAUAUUCACAGAUCAGCUGGACAAGAUCCAGUGCAUUUUACAAGAUGUGGGCUCCAAUAUUGCUACUCCUCAGUCAUCUGCAAGAGAAAGCCAUAGAAAGAGAACAAAAUUCAGUCCUCAGACAAUCACUGACCUGGAAACGUGGAUUGAUCAUUUUACAGAGGAACUCCCACCACUGACUAACUUCAUUUUACCUUCUGGUGGGAAGAGUAGUGCAGCAUUGCACUUAGCUCGGACAAUCUGUCGGAGAGCAGAGCGCAGUGUUGCUCCUAUUGUGCGUUCUGGGGAGGCGGAUCCAGAUGUUGCCAAGUUCCUCAACAGGUUGAGCGACUACCUGUUCACAGCUGCCAGAUAUGCAGCCAUGAAGGAAACCAGAGAGGAAAAGAUCUACAGGAGACCUGAAUGAACACCUAUAAAUUAAAAUCCUUGCCUUUGCGAUGAGGGAUGCGGAUACUCUAGUUGUGUUGUAGAUAUUUAUACAUACAAAAGUGUUUUUAGUUCAGACAAAAUGAACCAGUUAAGCAGUGCAUGUAUAUCAAAGUUAUAAUUUUACUCAAACUCAGCAGUUCAUCAUAUAAACCUAAAAUAAUGUAAUUAA